AUGACAGAAAUAACCUUUCUUGGUCAUCUUAUCUCUGCUGAUGGAAUCAAGCCAGAUCCUCGCAAAAUCGAAGCUAUCCUGAAGAUGCCAACUCCAACUAGCAAAACAGAGCUACAAAGAUUUCUGGGAAUGAUUAAUUAUCUCGGUAAAUUCCUGCCAAAUCUGUCGAAAGAAACAGCACCACUGCGUCAACUACUCGAGAAAAAUGUCCAAUGGCGCUUCGAACAGCCACACGAAACAGCAAUAAACACGCUGAAGAAGAUGAUUACCAGCAGUCCAGUGUUAGCUUAUUAUGAACCGAAACUACCCACACGAGUCACCACAGAUGCAUCGAAAGCAGGCCUUGGAGCAGUUCUGGAACAGAACUAUGAUGGCGAAUGGAAACCAGUUGCAUUUGCCAUCAGAGCCAUGACUCAAUGUGAGCAACAUUACGCACAGAUUGAGAAGGAAACACUCGCUAUAGUAUUUGCCUGCGAACGAUUUCAUGAAUACACCUAUGGAAAGCGGGUUAUAAUACGAUCAGAUCACAAGCCAUUGAAGGCAAUUUUUCCAAACCGGUCAACAAAGCACCCCCAAGAAUCCAGAGAUUCCUGCUACGACUUCAGAAAUAUGAUCUUGGAGUUGAAUUUACCCCAGGAAGUGAGAUUCCUGUAGCCGGCACACUCAGCAGAGCAUAUCUCAAUCAUCAAGUCAAACCAGAAGUUCCAGAACAAGAAAUUCGAUGUCACGUCCACUCCAUAGUCAAGAGUCUACCAGUGUCCAUGUCCAAACUAGAUGAGCUCAAGAGAGAAACUGCAAAGGAUGAAAACCUGCAGAAAUUGAAGUUGUUCAUUCGAGAAGGAUGGUCUAAUGACAAAAAGACAGUUCCAGAUGCAGUCAAGCCAUACCUAACCCAUCUAGAUGAAAUUUCAGAAGCAGAAGACAUCAUGCUAAGGGGCAGUCGCAUCAUUGUGCCAACGUCAGUGAGGAGAGAGAUGAAGAGCCGGAUACAUGAAGGGUAUCUAGGCAUAGAAAGGUGCAAAGCUCGUGCUCGAGAAGCUUUGUAUUGGCCUGGCAUGUCUUCUGAGAUCACUGAAAUGAUUUCACGAUGCAGCACCUGUCUUGAAUUUAGACGAAAACAUCAACGAGAACCAAUGUAACCGUUGCCACCAGCAACUGAAGCUUGGACAAGAGUUGGAACUGAUUUGUUCACGAUGCAAGGCAAAGAUUACCUCCUCGUAGUUGAUUAUUUACACCAAUUACCCAAAAAUUAGUCUUUUGCCAGACACCACCAGCUCCACCGUAAUCAAGCACGUUAAAUCGAUAUUCGCGAGACACGGCAUUCCGAGAGUUGUUAUAUCGGACAAUGGUCCGCAAUAUUCAAGCAAGGAAUUUCAAGAAUUUGCAAAGAAAUGGGAAUUUCAGCACAUUAAAUCUAGUCCUUAUCAUCCUGAAGCAAAUGGCAAAGCUGAACGCACAGUUCAAACAAUAAAGUCACUAACGAAGAAGACUUCUAGAGAUGAAGAAGAUCCAUAUCUAGCAUUGAUGAAUUUCAGAGCAUGUCCGGGUCCGGAUGGAUCACCAGCACCAACCACCAUGUUGAUGAAUCGAAAGUUACGUACAAGACUACCAAGACUGAAGCAAGAAACAUUGCACCUGAACAAAUCUGUACUAGAGAAACAACAGAAACAGAAACAAUAUUAUGAUGUCAAGACAAAGUCCCUUCGUCCUCUUGCCGAGGGAUCAACGGUAAGGAUUCAGCAUGGAAAAAGCUGGAACUCCAUGGCACAAGUAAUGAAGAAGGCAGAUACGCCUAGAUCUUACAUCUUACAAGAUGAAACAGGCAGAUUAUUAAGAAGAAAUAGGAGAGAUCUUCUGCGCACAGAUGAAAGCUUUAUCGGAAAAGGUCCACAAGAUUUGGGAGACAAUGAAAUGGAAGUGAUGGAACCAGCAACAUCUGAUACUCAAAUCCACUGCUAUUGCCCAAGAACCUACAACGUGUUCUUCCAUUCCUUCAACGUGUUCUUCCAUUCCUGUUGCGGACCAGAAGUCCCCGUAUAA